GAAAAGACCAAAAUCGAAUGCAUACUUUGGUCAUUGGAGUAAUAGCGCAUUAAUCGGUUGUCCCAACCACCCCAGGCAUCAUCCUACCUCCGUCGCCAUCCGCCAACCGUUGCCAUUGGCCUUGCGCCGCCUUACGCCUCUCAACUUUUCCGUCGCAUCAGCCGUCGAGUUACCGGCCUUCCACUCCAUGUCAUUCCUCCGCCAUACACUCUCGCCGGUGUAUAUCUGAUUUUGCCAAUCCUAUACUCUUUAUUCAACUUUACAAUACAAAGAAGCUUCAAUGGCCAAGAAACCUGGACCAAAACCUGGAUCAAAACCUAGUAAAUUGUCUGUGUACCUUUAUAUUCCUAAUAUCAUAGGAUAUACCCGGGUUCUUUUAAACUGCUUUGCUUUCCACGUAUGUUUUACAAACAAAAUAUUGUUCUCUAUUCUCUAUUUUUUCAGCUUUGUAUGUGAUGCUGUGGAUGGCUGGGCUGCUCGCAAAUUCAAUCAAGUGUCAACCUUCGGAGCUGUUCUGGACAUGGUUACGGACAGAAUUAGCACUGCUUGUCUACUUGUUGUUCUUUCCCAAGUUUACAAGCCUGGCUUAGUCUUCUUGUCCUUGCUAGCUUUAGAUAUUGCUAGCCACUGGCUUCAAAUGUACAGCACUUUCUUGAUGGGCAAGGCUAGUCAUAAAGAUGUAAAAGACAGUAGUAACUGGCUUUUCAGGUUAUACUAUGGCAAUAGGAUGUUUAUGGCUUACUGUUGUGUCUCAUGUGAGGUUCUUUACUUAAUCCUGUUUUAUCUUUCGGAGAAUCAUACAGAGAAAUUAAUGGAUGUUUUAGCAACAAAUCUGCAGAAGAUAUCAAUACUCUCUUUUCUAAUCGCAACAAGUUUAGUUGGAUGCACAAUCAAGCAGCUUACCAAUGUCAUUCAGCUGAAGACAGCAGCAGAUGCAUGUGUGCUUUAUGACAUCGACAAAAAACACAAGCAGUGAUGUUCCAUCCAUAGCUAUGAAUCUCUUGCCUUUGCCAUUUAUCGAGUUUGAGCUCAGUGUAACUAGACUACUAAUACAGAAAUAGUAUCGUAAAUGUAGUUGAGUUUAGAUUGCCUUUAAUUUUAAUUAUUUGUAAUUAAAGAAAUAGAGAAGUGGUGAGGUGAAUUAGAGAAGCUGUCAGGUUGUAAGCAAUUCUUAUAACACGGUGUUCAUUGCAUUUUUGAUA